UCGGGUAAACACAGUAGUGAGAAAUUAUCUGCGUAACCUCAGUUUUCCGGCUGACAUUUCAAGAAUAUUAUAAGGUCACAUACCGAGUACCAUUUCGGUGAGGAUUGUUUUUUUAGUCUGUGCUGAAGUAGCUGUUCACUCCUGAGGCAGCCCAUCGUAAAGCGAUACCCCAAGUUUGUGAUUGAGAUAGGCGGGAAAAAGUGAACCCUCAAAACGAUACAGUUGACACAUUUUGCGUGCAGAGUUAUUUUUGGAUUCUGUCGGUGAGCACAUGUCCGGAGAUAAACUUUUGGAAGGAGGACAUGACAACGAGAGUUUACAAACAAAAACAGAGGCACGCAAGUCAGUUGUCAGUUGGUGUCAGAGCACGUACAUGUACAUGUAGGUCUGACUGGCAGCUUGUCCUCAGCCGAAAUCAACGUUUACCUUCGGAGGAAUAGCAAUAGUUGCGAAAUGUUUCAAUGAACAUGGUCCCACUUUAGUAGUUAUAGUUGUGCCCGUUCUUUUCUGGGAGCCUUGCCCAAAAUGACUGAGCGAGGAACAGGUGGGGGAUUUUCGCUCAGUCCAGAAGAUAACAAACCAGGAAAAACCUCCCCAUUGACACCCCAAACUCCACAAUCUGGGAAAAGAGACAGUGGUUACCUGACUGACUACUCCCCUGCCAGUGGCACCAGUUCCAGUCGUCACUUUACAUUUGAGUCGCCGUUUCCUCCAGAGGAUGAGGCUGAUGAAGCUGAUGAAGAAUUGUCAGCAUUAGGCGCCGUCGGGGGUCACAUGGGGGGUAGCCGCAUGUCGCGUGCCUCCUCAAUCACACCUGAAAUAGACGUGUUCUCACCACCUACAAUUGAGCCAAUGAGCGGCCGUCGGAGCAGGGGUCGUCCUCGGUCCCGAUCGUCUGUCACCCCAGACAUAGAUGUAUUCUUACCAACCCCAGAGGUGGAAGAAGAGGAGGAGCUAGCCCAAGUCAGGUUCAAUGACAACUUGUUCAGUGUCGUCGAGCCAUCGUUACCUGUCCACAUGCAGCCGCCAAACUUUGUUUCGCGGCCGAUCCCAAUUCCCCACUGCGUAGCACGGGGAUUGGCUGGGGCACCCAGGAUGCCACCUGGCGAGGUUCAAGGUCACAUGCGGUACCCGUCCCCCGCGUCCUGCCCCUGCACCCUGUCCAGCUCCUCUACACUUCAUCACAGUGCUAGCUCAUUGGGCUCGCCCAGGAACGCCCUUAUGUACUUUGGGCAUGUGGGCAUGCUAAGUCGCAGCAUUGGCACCCAAACACCAAACCAGCACUCUCUCAUCAUCCAAGACCUGAUUCAAGGCGGAAUUGAAUCACAAACAUUUGCAAGAGGUUCUGCUCACACCAGGUUACGACAUCACUCAGAAGGGGGAGUAUAGUGAGGAAGCAGACACCACAUUUCGCCUGAGCCUCUGCCGGACCUUGUCCCCCGUGACGCGGGGACCGCUCUAUCUCAUUACCCAAUGUGCCCCCGCCAUAGCCAGCCAACCAGAGAUAGAAGUGGGACGUCAACUCCGCAGAAUCAGUGAUGAGUUUCAUUUCGAAUUUAUCCGAGGAAAUUUGAGCUCGCGUCACCGUGCCACCUCCACCUCUGGUCGCCACCCUGCCUCAGCCUCUGGCCGCCACCCCACCCCAACUGGUCUCCACCCCAUCCUCCUACCCCAGUGAUGGAUCGCGUGUUGGUAUUUGGCAGAGUCUACGCUGGUGGAUCCACACUUCAUCUCUGGCGUCUGGCGGAACCUCACAGCGCCGUGUGAACGCCUUACCACGUCGCCCGGAGUCAACGCCACCCCGUCACAUGGCACCUGAUCCAGACCAAAUUUGAUUGGUUAUCAUCAUAACCGAGAAGAAAUCAACUCACACUGUCAACAGAUGAGAUACAUUUUCUUCAGCCUUUGCUUUUUUAGUGUUUGAACUUUUUUUCUUUUGUAUUUGGGUAAAUGUUUACAUUAUAAAAUUUUUGUUUUUACACAUUUUGUAGAACAAAUGAUUCUCUUAUUCAUUUUUAUGAUGUCUCCACUGACAUUUAACAAAGUACAGAGUACCAGCAUGGUAAAGUUCAUGUCAAGGGUCAUCUACCAGUUUGUUUGGUCACAGUGAAAUCAUGGUUACAUUUCUUUACAUCACAAUCGUACCAUUAUUCAGUGCUACAAAUUAUCAUUUAUGGGCAAUAUUUUUGUAAGAAAUAAUUUUGAGAGAGAAAAGAGUAAUGCAUUUUUUAAAAAGCACUUCAUGCAUUACAAGUUGCUGAAAACUGUUACAAAUGCCAUGUCAUUCACCGAUUGCGCCUGUAAGGCACUGGCAAAUAUCAGCUGUCCAUCCACACUAACUUAUGCACUUGAGCUAAAGAACGACACAAUGUCCCCUUGGAAACGAUAAUGCAAUCAGAGGGCAGUGAGGCUCUCCCCAGGGGAAUACUACCAAUGCAAUUCACUCCCCUUUGUAAGGAAGGGUUUGGAGGUUAAUACUGUUGUUGUUGUUUGUUGUAAGAACUUGACAAGUAGUACACCACGCACAUGACUAUACAUGGUAUCAUUUUGUUAUGACUACAGUGUUGUUUUAUCUGAUACAAGUGGAGCAAAAUAUUUCCUGACAUUUGUCAUUUGCUCAUUGUGAAUAGCCCACAGUAGCUCAAGAUCACCAUUUUUGUAUCACAGACUUUUUGAUUAGUGCCAUUAGCAUUCUGAAAUCUAUCGGAAAAGUGACAACGUAAGAAAGACGUUCAUACUCAUCCCAAUGUGACCCUGAACCUACACAUACAUCAAAGAAAAUAUCACACUAAAAAAAAUUUGAUGAUUACAUGUAUGGCAUUUCUGUCAUGGUAUUUUCAAAUAUAUUGUGCCAUUGUUGAAAA